AUGACCAGGGAGCAUUGGGUACCAAACCACAUUGUACCAUUACUAAAUUAUCUUGAACCAGAUUUAGGAGUUCAAAACAAUGUCAAUGUUGACAAUAUCCUUGCCAAAGAACGAAACAAUGGAAAUGACGAAAGGAAUGAUAGCGAUAAUGUUACAAUUCAUAUAUAUAUUGAUGGUGACAAUGUUGAUCAGGACAGUGCUGUGAAGGACAAUGUUAAUGAUGGUGACAAUGUUGAACGUGGUAGUGCUGUGAAGGACAAUGUGAAUGAUGAUGACAGUGUCGAACAGGGUAGUGCGAUGACUGACAGUGUGAAUGAUGUUGACGAUGUUGAACAGGGUAGUGCUUUGAUGGACAAUGUGAAUGGUGAUGACAAUGUUGAACAGGGUAGUGCGAUGACUGACAGUGUGAAUGAUGUUGACGAUGUUGAACAGGGUAGUGCUUUGAUGGACAAUGUGAACGAUGAUGACAAUGUUGAACGGGGUAGUGGGGUGAAUGACAAUGUGAAUGAUGGUGACGAUGUUGAACAGGGUAGUGCUUUGAAGGACAAUGUGAAUGAUGGUGACAAUGUUGAACGGGUCAGUGCGAUGAAGGACAAGGUGAAUGAUGAUGACAAUGUUGAACAGUGUAGUGCGGUGAAUGACAGUGUGAAUGAUGAUGACAAUGUUGAACAGGGUAGUGCUUUGAUGGACAAUGAGAAUGAUGAUGACAGUGUUGAACAGGGUAGUGCGAUGAAGGACAAUGGUAGUGGGGUGAAUGACAAUGUGAAUGAUGGUGACAAUGUUGAACAGGGUAGUGCUUUGAAGGACAAUAUGAAUGAUGGUGACAAUGUUGAACGGGUCAGUGCGAUGAAGGACAAUGUGAAUGAUGGUGACAAUGUUGAACAGGGUAGUGUGGUGAAGGACAAGAUGAAUGAUGGUGACAAUGUUGAACAGGGUAGUGUGUUGAAGAACAACGUGAUUGAUGAUGACAAUGUUGAACAGGGUAGUACGGUGAAUAACAACGUAAGUGAUGAUGACAAUGUUGAACACGGUAGUGGGGUAAAGGACAACGUGAAUGAUGAUGACAAUGUUGAACAGGGUAGUGCGGUGAAAAACAACGGUAGUUCGGUGAUGGACAAUGUGAGUGAUGAUGACAAUGUUGAACAGGGUAGUGCGGUAAAUGACAAUGUGAAUGAUGUUGACUCACAGUCUUCUGCAGAUAGUAAAGGAUAG